AUGUCUAUGAAUAGACUCAACGGAAACCUCCCGGCAUCUCUAUUUGCACUUCCUCACCUAAAAAUCUUAGAUCUCUCAAACAAUAUCUUUGAUGGGUAUAUUCCAAUAAGUUCGUCCUCACGACCAAUUUCCCUUGAAGUCUUAGAUCUCAGCUAUAAUCACCUCACUGGAAUUCUCCCGAUUAAAGCCUUUAAGAACAUCAGGAGCUUGAAUUUGGCCAGCAACCUAUUCAGUGGAUCUCUCCUUGUGUCAACACUUGCACUUCCUCAUCUGAAGUUCCUAGAUCUCUCAGACAAUCAUUUUGAGGGAGAUUUUCCUAUUAAUUUUUCUUCACAGCAAGUUCCACUUGAAGUCUUACAUCUCAAUGGUAAUAACAUGAGUGGAGCUCUUCCGACUGAACGAGCAUUUGAAAAUCUCCGGAACCUACGGCAGUUGUAUUUGAGUUACAACCAAUUCAGCGGAAACAUUCCAACAUUAGCAUUUCAAAAUCUCCAGAACCUGCGAGAAUUGUCUUUGAGUUCCAAUCAAUUCAUUGGAAACAUUCCAUCAUUAUUGUUUUCUCUACCACAUAUUGAACUGUUGAAUCUCGCAUCAAACUUCUUCAGCGGACCAAUUCCUAUAAAUAAAUCUUCGAAUCUUUCACCGUCACUUAAGAGUCUUCGAUUGUCCCAAAACAAAUUGAAUGGUAGAUUUUCUUUCAUUUGGCUUGGAGACCUCAUAAAACUAGAAGAGAUAGACCUUUCAGGCAAUGCUAACCUAGUCGUCCAUGUCAAUAUUCCUGGAUGGACACCUCCUUUCCAACUGAAACAGUUAUUGCUCUCUGGCUGUGACGUUGACAAGAGCAUUAUUGCAGAACCACAUUUUUUAGACACACAGCAUUAUUUAGAGGUGCUUGAUUUGUCCAAUAAUAACUUGUCAGUUAGCAUGCCGCAUUGGUUGUUUACAAAGGAAGCAACAUUACAGGAACUAUAUCUUGGAAAUAACUCGCUAACUGGAUUGCUAGACCCAAUAUGGCACACCCAGUCUUUUCUCCAGGUUAUCGACUUACACAUGAACCAUGUCACAGGACAGCUGCCAGCCAACAUCAGUUUAAUGUUUCCAAGGUUGCUGAUUCUGGAUGUUUCUAGUAACAACUUCUUUGGGCACAUACCAACUUCAUUGUGCGAGAUCAACUUCAUGACGCUUUUAGACCUGUCAAACAACAAUUUUUCUGGGGAAUUUCCAGCUUGUGUGUUCACUAAUUAUCCCAUGCUAGUGAGCUUAAAGGUCUCAAACAAUAAGCUUGGUGGUCUGAUUUUUGGCGGAAUGAAUAACCUGUCCAUUACGUCGGAACUGUACCUGGAUGGUAACAAAUUUGAAGGGACGGUGCCUCGUGAUCUGUCAGGAGGGACUUUAAUGGUUAUUGAUUUGCAUGACAACGAGUUAUCUGGCAAACUUGAUAUGUCAUUAUGGAAUAUGUCUUCCUUGAAAGUCCUACAAUCUUGCUGGCAAUCGUAUAACUGGCAAAAUUCAUCCACAAAUUUGCAGCUUUACCAGAUUUGA